CGAAUGGAUUUCCUCCAAGAGGGCUCCGCAUCUCCGGAACAGGAGUGGAAGAAGCGAAGUGCAGAGCUGGCAGGUCACCCUGAAUGGGAGCACAGGCGAGGACCCAGGGGAUCCCAGGGUUCGGGGACGAGCGUGCCGGUGGACAUCGCGGUGAUGGGGGAGGCCCACGGGCUGAUCACGGACCUGCUGGCGGACCCCUCGCUGCCGCCCAACGUGUGCACGUCUCUGCGGACCGUCAGCAACCUGCUGAGCGCCCAGCUCACCUUCCCGGCCCUGCACAAGGCCCGGCCCGCGCCCGCACCCGGGACCCUGCCCGCCUGCUCCGAGGGCCUGCUCGGCUCCGACACCGAGGACGGACCGGACCGGGAGAAGCCGGCCAUUCCCAAGCGCCUGAGGAAGAGUCUCCCGCCGGGGCUGCUGAGGCGCGUCUCAUCCACGUGGACCACGACGACUUCGGCCACGGGCCUGCCCACCCUGGAGCCAGCCCCCGUGAGGAGAGACCGCAGCGCCAGCAUCAAAGCCCACGAGGGGCCUUCUUCCAUCAGCACUACUAAUCCCGAGGCAUGGAACAGCUCCGUCCUGAUGACCCUCACCAAAAGUCGGUCAUUCUCUUCGUCCUAUGCCGUGUCCGCCACAAACCACCUGAAUGCCAAGCGGCAGGUCCGAGCGGGUCUCCUAGCGAAAAUUUCCCCGCUGUCAUCCCCGUGCCCCUCGCCGGUCCAGGGCACCCCCUCCAGCAGCCCUGUCAGCAAGAGCUCGGGUGGCCAGUUUCCGGACUCAGCCGACGCAGCCGGCCAGCAAGUCCUCAACUCUCACAAGGCCUUGGCCUACACCCAGAGCGCCCCUGACCUUUCAUCCCAGGGCCCGCCCACACCCCCUGCCAUCUGCAGCAGCUGCGGAAGAUCAUUUAGCCAAGCCAAUACUACGGAUGCACAGUUGGAGAGGAAUGCUUCAGGGAUUUCUUCCCCGGGCAGGACAGAUGAUGCAGCGCAAGUGACCUCGGACUACGAAACCAACAACAGCGACAGCAGUGACAUCGUCCAAAAUGAGGAUGAGGUGGAGGCCUCCAAAGAGCCACUGAGAAAGGGGUCACCCUGCAGCCCGUACGCCCCAGAGGCUGUCAUCUUCAUGGACAAACCCAUUCUUGCUCCGGAACCCCUCGUCAUGGAUAAUUUGGAUUCAUUAAUGGGGCAGCUAAACACUUGGAAUUUUCCCAUCUUCGAUUUGGUGGAAAAGAUCGGACGCAAGUGUGGCCGGAUCCUCAGUCAGGUGUCCUACAGGCUUUUCGAAGACAUGGGACUUUUUGAAGCUUUUAAAAUUCCAGUGAAGGAAUUCAUGAACUACUUUCACGCCCUAGAGAAUGGGUAUCGAGAGAUCCCUUACCACAACAGAAUCCACGCCACCGACGUGCUGCACGCUGUGUGGUACCUCACCACCCAGCCCGUGCCCGGCCUGUCCACCAGCCUCAAUGACCAUGGAUCGGCCAGUGAUUCAGACUCGGACAGCGGGGUCCCGCACGGCCACACGGGCUACGUCUUCUCCAAGAUGUACAUGGCGGGCGAGGAGCGGUCCGGCUGCCUGGCCGGGCACAUCCCUGCCCUGGAGCUGAUGGCCCUCUACGUGGCCGCCGCCAUGCAUGACUAUGACCACCCAGGAAGGACCAACGCCUUCCUCGUGGCCACCAGUGCCCCCCAGGCCGUGCUAUACAACGACCGGUCGGUUUUGGAGAACCACCACGCCGCCGCCGCCUGGAGCCUCUUCAUGUCUCACCCAGAGUAUAAUUUCCUCAUCAACCUCGACCAUGUGGAGUUCAAACAUUUCCGCUUCCUUGUCAUCGAAGCCAUUUUGGCCACUGAUCUGAAGAAACACUUCGACUUCGUGGCAAAAUUCAAUGCCAAGGUGAACGAAGAAGUCGGGAUCGACUGGGCCAACGAGAACGACCGCCUGCUGGUCUGCCAGAUGUGCAUAAAACUGGCCGACAUCAACGGCCCCGCCAAGUGCAAGGAACUCCACCUUCAGUGGACGGACGGCAUCGUCAACGAGUUUUACCAGCAGGGUGACGAAGAGGCCAGCCUGGGCCUUCCCAUCAGCCCGUUCAUGGACCGCUCGGCUCCUCAGCUGGCCAACCUCCAGGAGUCCUUCAUCUCCCACAUCGUGGGGCCGCUGUGCCACUCCUACGACUCGGCCGGCCUGAUGCCCGGGAAGUGGGUGGAGGAUGACGCCGACGGCAGCGAGCUGGAGGGCGACCCCGACGCCCACCCCGAGGACGGGGAGGAGGAAGAGGACGACGACGGGCAGAGCACCCCCGAAGGGGAAGCUGGCGAAAACGCCGAAUCCUCAAGAAAGCCGAAGUUCCAGAGGAGGAAAAUUCACUGCCAGAUCACGCAGCACCUGCUGCAGAACCAUAAGAUGUGGAAGCAGGAGAUCGAGAGAGAGCAACGCCUGAGCGGGGCCGGGGGCCGGGGCAAGGGCGGACCAGACGCCCCGGGCCCGGCCCAGCCGGCAGAAGCCAUCCAAGCCAUCACGGAGGAGGAUGAAGACAGAGGGAAAGGGCAGGCAGAGGAGAGCUCCACUGCCCAGCCGGCCCAGUGACCACUGGCCCAGAGCGGGAGUAGGCCCCGGGCUGGAUGGACUCACCCCCGGACCGCCCUACAAGCCAGCACAAAAUCUAGACACGACACUGUAGAAAUACGGGAUCAUUGCACCUGCCGCUGUUCCACCUGCCUCUUUUUCCUUCAUUUUGUUAUUAUUAUUAUUCUUAUUUUUGACAGUGAGAUACAUCGUUUCAACACUGGCUUCUAGGGACUUUUCAAAGGAGAGACGAAUCUGGAUAUUUGCGUGCCUGUGGGUGGGGGGUCUAGGAUCACUUCCUACCCCUUCCCCAUGCACAGCACUCACACCCACAUGCUUGUGCGCGCACACACACACACACACAAACGUGGGGUUUGUCACCGCGUAUUUCUUUGAUAUACCUAUAAAGGCAGAUAACUAUCGCUGUCGUACAAGGAAGUUGAGCGGACGGUCUAGUUCACAGUUAACUGUCAGGUACCACAACUAAGUUGCCUUUGCCCUCCCUACCGAAGGAUGAAAUUUGCAAGGUCGAUCGGAAUCCUCGUGCAUCCUGCCAAUGAUUUGUGUUUGCAUGGAUGUGAGUGUGGGCGGGGGGUGAAUGAUGGGGUGUGCUGUGUGCGUGUGGGCGGGUAUUUGUAUGUGGCUAGAUCAGUGGAGUUGGAAUAUGUAUUAACCUAGCACAGCACUGUAGCACAUGACUCAUUUCAAGUGGACAAAUCGAAGGACAGAUCGAAAGGAUGUUGCCCCAGCCACGGCGGCUCGAGUCCUUCUGUCGGAGCUCCGUCUUUCCAACUACGGGGAACUUCUCCCCCGAGUCGGCGAACCAGCCUACUCCCAACAGAGGCCUGGCAAUGAGCACUACUGAGACAGCACCUCUGGGAGGGCACUUUCUCCCAUCAACCACAAAAAACCCUGGGAAUACUGGCCCCUUCCCCCCACUCGUCAGGUGCCGGGGCAUGCAUACCUGACCUGUAGGUUUGAGGAACAGCUUCCUCAUUUUUCUAAGGAGGAGGCCGGCCCCGUCUGGGCCUCUGACCAGGAGGAUGGCUGGAAACGGCCUCAGAGGCGAGAGUCCUGGGGCCAGAUUUCACACCAUUCAGCCCCUCCCAGCUGUGCCCUCUCCGCGCCCUUCACCAAGGAGGCCAUUUUCUCAGUUUUCAACAUCGGGCCACAGAAGGGAGUUGUCAGGACCUGAUUUCCCAGGGUCUUUGGAGCAGAGGCCUCCUGGCUCGGGGACUUGUGAGCCCGGGCUGGGGUUCAGAAGACAGCCACCCCUCAGAGACACUCGGCCCCGAGAGGAGCCAGGUGAGCGGCAAACUGGCCGGCAACUCCCACCCUGCCACCACCACCACUGAGGAGCCGGGGUGUAGUCAUGACUUGACCGCUUUGGCGUGGACCCCAUGCCUCGGCUGGAGAGACUCUUUCAUCCCACGUGUGUUUCUUCUGUGAGCCAAACCCCUAUUUAAAAAGUUGAUCCUCGCUUUCCACGUUUGAUUUCACAAUAUGAUAUUUGACAGGGAUUCAUCACCUUGUAAAUAUGCAGAAAUGUUUUAUCGGUUCCCGUAGAUAGUCAACUCUGUUCUAGAGAAGGUACAGAGAGGCUAUGAAGAAGGGACGUGUCUGUUGUAGAGUUAUUCUUUUGUGAUCACUAUUCUUAUAUAUCAUAGCCAUCUCCAAGCUUGGAUAAUAAAGUGGCGAGCGUCUUGCCGAAAUUUCGGGGGCAGCUACUAAAUCUACAUACUCCAUUUCAGGGGUGAGGAAUUGGUGCGUUGACCCAGAGGAGUUUUUUUGGACUGAUGGGCCAGGUGUUUUAGCAGAAUAUGGACAGGAUUUCCCAGGAGUUUCUGUCUGUGAAGGGGAUUUGGAUUAAAUUUUGUCAGGUAGGAAGACAGUUGCAGCUCUUCGAAAUGUAAUUUUUAUCGUUCUCUUUCCCACUGUUUUAGCAUAUUACCCCCAUGUCGUAACAUGCGGACCUGCUGAACUUCCUCUGAAUAAUGAGAUGGUGCCCUUUGGGUUUGGUAUCGCUAACUUGCCCUCAUCCCCUUGGUUUUUGUCAAGAAGAUUGUUUCACAGCUAUUUAGCUUCCUGCAAAAGGAGCUUUCUGCUUGGAUUCCCAAGCUGACCUCUACACUGAGAAGAUUCAUGAUGCAGAAGUCGGUAUGUAGAGGGACAUAUUGGUUUCACGCCUGCCUUCCUAGCAAAUGGGGAGAGAAGAAGGUGUCUGAAUAACCAGAAUGUCUUUCAAGAACAGCUCUUAGUGGUUUGAGUUCUGACAGUUUUGGAUUUCUUCCAGACACCUGGCACUUCACAUUUACACAGAUCCCACUGUUUUCCAUUCCUUUUAUCCCAGGAGCUUGAAUCGUUCUUCCCCUGAUGCAGGUUUUGAGGAGCAGACAGGCGCUCCCACCUCUGACCGUUUCCUGGACUGGAUACAUAAAACAUGGCCAUCAUGGGCAGAUUUCCCCACGUGGUGGAGACUGAGGGAGUUUGGGGAGGGGGUAGGAGUGGGGAGCAGCAAAGGAGCCGUGCCAGAUGGGGAAGGGGAGGAGUCGCUGCUGGAAGGCAGCAGUUCCUUUCCCCCUACAUGGACCAGAAGGCCUCGCUUGAGGUGUGAGGCCCCCGGGGAAUCCACUGAAGAGAGGCACCCCCUUUCUACCCCUGACUUUCCCCCAACUGGCUUCAAACCCAGACUAGGAGUGAUGGCCCCUGGAGCCCAGUCGAUCUAAAUUCUGCAUUCCCCCAGCUCCCUCACGGUGUGGCGAGAUUUCAGAGACACGGAAAGAAAGAUUCCCUGGAGGAGAAGAGCUGCUAUCUCAGAGAUGGCACAGCCAGAAGACAGACGUGCGCAUCGAGGGCAGAGUUCCAGCAGGCCCAGGGAUUUGCUGGCGAAAAAAGACUCUCUUCACCCUUUUAUUAGUCGAUGUCACCGAGCAUUAUCGACGCACCUGUUUCCAGUUGCCUCCUCUGGCCCUCCGGAGACUGUCCUUUGCUCUUCAUUCAAGUAUAGUCCUUGGGUUCCAUGAGACAAACGCAGGUUUUGGAAAUGAAGGCAUGCCCGCCCGGCUCUGGUAAAAGGACGUUCUGGAAACCAAGGCAGGUGACGAUGAGAAUGGGUUUUGCCUGUUAACACUGAACCUGGGUUCUGAAUAUCAAGUGGCCCAUGGCCCCUGCCACGCAGACCCCACCACUUCCGAUCAUCACCCAAGGGAUGGGCCACAGUGAAACCUGUUGGUUUCCACCAUCAGCCAGUAACGAGACUCCCCCACCUCCUCGAGUGGUGUUUGAACUUUCAGUAGUAGUUUUUUUUGGUCCCAAUUAACGAUGACAGUGCCUAUCCCAGAAGGAGAGGAGAAAGCCAGUAGCUAAAGCCAGAAUCUGUCAGUCUUGGUGGGAAGAGGAAGGAGGCUCUUAAACCAGUUAAGAAAAACCCUCGGAAAUACAGUCCUCAGGUACUGUUUCCUUACCUCAAGAUCAGUUUCCCCAACCCAUCUCCCAGAGACAAUCAAUCAUAACGUCUCAACCCACUACAUCAGCAACAUUCAUCUUCCAAUAUGGUAGCGGCAGAUGUUGAUUUAAAAUCCUAUUGUUUCCCACUCUUCCCAUUCCAGGCUUCCAACCUCCUUCUCGGCCUCAGAAUUCCCUUUGAAGUUAAGAGCUGUGCAGAGGGAGGUGGACUCUGAUCUGCUGAUCUGGAGAUGAAUGAAAAAAGAAAAUAAAACUUAAGUAAUGAAGUUAUGAAGACAGGAACGUAACCUUCGAAAAUCAAACCUUUAAUCUGAGACAAUCGCUUACCCGGAAAGAAUACUUCUGUAACCAGCCGGUUUUUUACUCAAACACUUCAGCUUCUGCUCCCAACAGAUCCCUGAAUUGUCAUAUGGCCAUUAGACUGAAUCUGUUCUAAUUCCCAGUUUUUCUUUCUCCAGGUCUGCCUUCCCCCCAGGCAACCGUUGGGCAGACGGUUCUGAGGAGGGUCUUUGGUCUGGCUAUCAUUCAUCCUCCAUUAUUUUUCUUAACCAGGCAGAGAGUUGAAAACAAUAUGGGAGACAUUGCCCACUUUCAAGUAAUUGCUCCCAGCGAUACGGGGCUUUGAGGGAAGAAACUAUUCUAGCAAAAAUCUGAUUUCUGGUUCCUUUUCUGUCGCUUUGAGAACUCUUUCUAUUCACCAUGGGAACCUUUGGAACCAGAAAGGAGUUGUUAAGGUAAGCAUCGGGGACCAUGCAUCAGUUAGAAUCUGUGCCGAUGACCGUUGUGGCCCCCAAUGCAGGAGGGGUUCGGUUUUGAAGGUAUCUUUGUCCAGGGACCUUAUCCAGUUGUCCUUUGGCAGCAAUAACACAUAUACUGCCAAGGCAGCCUCGACCACCUGGGGUGAACUCUUUUCCUUGGUUCUAGAAGUAUGUCAGCAGUGAAACAGUCAUGGAAUGCUCAGCCAGGGGCUACUUUGGCUUGAGAUGCAUUAAGGGAAACCAAGGGUCUACAAAGAGUGGCGCAAAUCUGGGACCGUCAGCUUAAUGUUCAACUCUGAUUGUUGGUUCGGUGAUCGUACUUGAACCCAAUUGACGUCCAACUCUGGUGAACUAGCUUGAAGGCCUGGCAGUCAGGGAUGACCGAGAAUGAUGUGGAAAAUGCCGUCCCCAUGAGAGAUUCUUUUUCCUAGGAUGAACAUGCCCCGGACAAGGUUCCCAGAGCCUCGCUGCAUGCAUACGUCUGGUUCUUUAACCAUGAACCUGACCAGCUCCUCCUCUGAGCAGGACGAUCGGAAGCUGCCUACCUCAGAGCCCUCCCCUGGAUACAAUACUGAGAGAGGAAAACUAGGUAAUGGUGGCAUUCCACAGGUGCUGGCGAUGUUUGCUCCUCUGUCCACUUUCCAUUUUCAUCUAAAAUUGUAAGCCAUCGGCCAAAUGGUUCAGAUCUAAGCACAAACAAUGUGGAGCUGUUCAGAAGAUCCCUACUGCUGUGGGACAGGCCAUCUGUCAGUAGGACUUGUCUUUCUAGAACUGAUCUAGGUUGGUUCCCAACAUCCUCCUCAGUUGAAACGCCUCAUCUCUUGAAAUCACGGAAACCAUUACACAGAGCAUGGAGAAAUCCAAAAGAGAAUUGGAACGUUGGAGGGAGGAGACUGUGUUUUGUGUUUUGCCAAGAUCCUACCUACCUCAGGAAAAAGAAAAAUAGUAAGGUGGGCCUGGUAAAUAUUUGGAGCUACAUCUUUAUAUAUCUAUUUUGUGUAUUCCCAAAGGAACUUGGAUCGAGGAGAAUUGUCUCUUCACCUGGGUGGACUGGGGAGAAGAAAAACAAAGUCCACUGUCCAGCAAUAGAACAGGAAAUUAAAUUGAAAUAAUCCAUAUCCUGGUCCUGCCAUUUUAAAAAUACUGUCGUGUGUAGUGGUCUUUGUGAGAAUGGAGAUUUCUGACCUUAAAGUGGGUAGACCAAUCUUCUCAACUCAGAGAAGUGAACCCUCCCAAUUUAUCAUGUGGUGUUGGAGGUGCCCACUAAGGAAUAGAAAAUUAGAGAACGCACCCAAUUUCUAUCUACCCCUGCUCUUCUAAGCCCUACCCCCCACCACCCCUGACCCUUUCUUCCUUAUCGUAUUGGAACCAUGUCCCAGGUUUCCCCAGUUAAGAGGCCAUCACAGUCCAAAACAAACCUCAAGGCAGACACACCACAGGUUUCUGCCCUCCACCGUACCCCUUUGGCCAUCAGAUGUCAGUUGGUUGCUCUGGUCAAAACUGUUUUUUGGGGAAAUUGAAGUGACCUGUGGCAAAAUCCUUUUUACAUAGUUCUAACCCACUGGCUUUUUAAAAGAGAAAUGCUGUACUGUUUUAAUGGAGUCAUAUUUUCAGGAAUGCCGUCCCAAUCAGGCUAAAACCUAGUGAGCAGAAAUCCCUCACAAGGUGACAGUAAGGACAAAAAUAAUUUUACGCCAUCGUGAGGGUAAGCAGUGGACUGAAGAGUAAAAGAAGCACUUUGAGGGCUGAGAAGGGGAGAGAAGAUGUGAGGAAUGCAGGGGCUGGGAAUGAAGGGUGUCAGGCCCAGACAAUCAGGCGAGCCUCCUCAGGGCCUCCUCAGCCUCUCCCCCAGACCAAAGACCAAACCAGUCUGUUCAAUAUUCCUCUGGUGCACAAGGGGUUGAAGAGUCCCACGUAUAGAAUUGGGUCUUCCUGGACUACGGAGAUCAUUGCCCCACAGUUCCUGAAUGAGAAGCCUCCAUUUUUCUUUGAAGCAGGAAAUCUCUCCAAGCACGCCAUUUCGCUCGUCCCACAUCAACUUUGUAACCCAUCUCUUGAAUGUGAAAACAUGGAACCGUCUGUGACUCCACCAGGUGAAGAUCUAAUGGGUCAGGAGAGGGAGGGUCUCCCCCUCCCCUGCUGCAGGAUUUCCUUGGAGUUAUUUACAAGCAGUAACCCCGGGACUGCAAAGCAGUUCUCUUCGAAGAAUCCGAGCCCCUUUUAGGACUGCUCUUCUUUUAGCUGGGGCCGGGGUGCCAGGGGUUUGACUUUGCCAGUAUAUAUUUGGUGAUCAUUACUUACUGAAUCCUAAGACUGAUUUUUAUAACCAAUGUACAGCAUUUGCAUGGGGGAAUGUGAUUUACACUGUAGCUUAUCUUUGCUUGCCUGUUGCCUUGACUGACGAAUGGGUGGCAGUUGGUUUUCAUUUGGGAAUGGCGCUUCUCCUUGGGCACCAAGAGAAAUCAUCUUUGCUAUGCUAAGCACUGGAAACCGAUAGCAAUUGGGCCCUCGGUCAGAUAGUUCUUUUGUAGAAUCCCUCGUCAUUUUCCUCCCCAAGUGAGAUCUGGUGCUUGUCGGUCACUGGAAAGGCUCAGGGGAAAGGGGUAGAAGAGAGGUGUGGAGUCACACGAUGGCUCCCAGGAGUGUUCCUUCCCGCUCUUCCUCUUCUCCGGUCUUCUGGGAACCAGGCCAUAAAGGCUAACGAUGCCGGGAGGUUCUCGGAGGACUGGGAUGGGAGCCGCUCUCUGGUCUGGCAAAGUAAGAGUCGGUGCUCGGUGCUGGGGAACGGAGGUCUCCCUUGGGCUCUGUGGCGCUGGAAGCUCGGGCAAGAGGUUGCAAUGUGGGCGUUCGGCUUGGAGCCCCUGAAAAGCAAUAUUUAAAUUCAAAGAAACUGCCAACCAAAGUGGCAAUGCAGAAAGUGCCAUAUUUUCAGGUCUGUACUUGCCAGUUUUUAACACAGGAUUGUUCUCACUCCCUAGCAUGUACAUUAAUUUAUAUUGAUGUAUUGUCAGUAGGGUAACAAACGGUUCCACCUAGCAAAGCACUCCACGAACAAUGCCUUGUAUUCUUUAGGUGAUGAUCUCUCACGGAUGGAAUAAACCUUUUCCUUUCACUAGUAUCUUGCACUUAAUACAUGUAGCAAUACUUAAUAUAUUCCCUUCACAAGUAUUUGUUAAGUGAUUUAGUUAAUGGCCGAUAAAUGUUUUGUACAAAAUAGAUUCUGUACAGAAAAAAAAUCUUUUAGAGAAACAUUAUUUAUUUUUACUGUUUUGUAACUUAGACACUAUACUGAAGCUCCCUUUGGCCAGAAUUACUGGAAGUGCCUCUUGGUAAUAUGUAUAAUAUAGUAAAUAUAUAUUCAAAAUUACUAGAAUUAUUGGUCACAAAUGAAUAAUGUGGAUGUUGCAAUGUGAAGACAACUGUACAACAUAAAUAGAAUUCUGUGG